AAACUUAACAUUUUGUUUUGUUUACAUACCUAAUUUAUUAAAAACAGUGAAAAAUAAUUCAAAGAAUUCUAAGAUGGGAUAGUAGUGCUUGAUUAAAUUAAGGUACCUACCUAAUUGUGAAUUACAUCAUGUGUUCUCUGACUUCUCUGUGAGUGUGAACUCUGAUGUGUUUGUUUUUAGUCUGAUUUUGAUGCUAAAACGACCUUUCUGUUCUUAUUAAUUAAUAUUCGUUUUACUUUUAGAUUUUAAUUUCGUUAAAGGCAUAUGUAGUGAAACCUGUGUUAAUGAAACUGCGAAGUGCACGAAAUAUAUUUGAUUUGGAGCUAAUCUUCUACACGAGCGAUGUUACUACAAAUCAUAUAUUUCCAAUUUGCCCAGACGCGAAUGUAUAAGAACUACAUAUCAUAAAUGUUGAUCAACAUCCUGGAUGAUCGGCAUUUCAACGGCUCCUUUUAAACACUCAGCAUGGUGGUGGUGCUGAACGGAGUUCUCGUGGACGAGUGCCCCACGUCCGUGAGAGCGCUCCUGGCUGCACACCCUGGGUACAGAGACGCUGCAGCACAGUUGCUGGCUGCAGCCGCUAGAGUUGUCGGCCCUGCUGGUCUUCUAUACGUCGCGCAGAGGGAACUAGCUGCUGUUGUUCCUCAUGACAAGAACGUCAGUAUCAUCGGGUCGGAUGACGCCACAUCAUGUAUUAUAGUCGUUGUCAGACAUUCAGGGUCUGGAGCAGUAGCACUCGCCCACUUAGAUGGGUCCGGAACGGCGGAAGCAGCGUCCGCUAUGGUGGCGCGGGUCCAACAGCUAGCAGUGGGCUACCCUGAGGGUCGACUGGAACUGCAACUGGUUGGCGGAUUCACAGACCCCCACCGGUACUCUGACGAGCUGUUCUCUAAUAUUAUGUUAUCAUUCCAUCGUCUGUCAGAAGAGAUAGAUUUAACCCUCGCAUGCUGUUGCGAAUUAAACACGGCUUUAGGUGGGGGGUCGCCUGCACCCCUUGUCACUGGCGUUGGUGUGGACAUCCGUGCUGGGGAUCUCUUUCCGGCGACUUUCCCUGAUAAGGGGCCUGAACUACCCUUACGUGGGGCCAGGAAUAUCACUGGUGGACCAAAUUCUGCACAAGUUUUAGACAUUUACGACAACGGCGUUGGCAUGCUACGCAUUGGACCAUUCACGUAUGAACCGUUGAGAGGUGUAGACUUGUGGCUCGACCAAUCUGACGACUUCAUCCUUCAGCACCUCAGCACUACACCGGCUGUUGAGGCGCCGCAUUUCGUCCAUCACAUUCGUGUGACCCUAAAGUUCAUCCAACAGCAUCCGUUCCCAGCUGUAACAGUGUUUCCGGACAACCGGCCGCAUUACUACCGUCGCGAUGAACAGACCGGCUGCUGGGUGCCCGUGCGGUUCUAGACGUUGAACUAGAUCAGUGGCGUGAAAGACAGAGGCUGCUUUCCCUAAGUAGCUCAUUACUUACUUUUCAUUAUGAGUAAAUGGGUUCCUAACCAACUAAUGGCUACCUUGGGUUCAAAGCCCUAUGCGCGCCACUGCAUUAGAUAUUAACUUAAUGACAGGAGUUCCGACUGUGAUGGACCAGACGGAUAGAUUGCACCAUCUACAAAGUCGAAACAACAACCUCCAAUGUACUACCACAAGAUGGGUCAUUCAGAACAAAGUUUUUUUUUUUUGCAACCAAUUCAGCACCAGUAGCAAAAUUUCUCAUCAUAUUUUUUUCUGUUAUGGCACAACUUAUUUCAGAUUUCUUACUUUUAGCAACGAUCAAAGACAAUCAAGCAGCCUAUUUUUAUUUUAGCUUAUAGUGAUGUUUAUUGAAUAAUGAAUAAUAUUCGAUUAUAAUAUUGGCUGUCACUGACAUCCCAGUGUCUACUGACAAAAUAUAAUUUUGUUACAAAAACUUCAUUUAGGACGAAUUUAUGUUAUCGUGUUUGAUAAUAACAGUGAUUUUUUUUAGAUAAAUAAUAUUAUUGUUUUAGCUCUAUACUGUACCACAAUUUAGAUUGAAAAUGUUGUAAUAAUUUACAUUCCAUUGUGAUAUGGUAAGGUUUUGUUAAUGAUAAUACAAGAUACUAUUUAUGAAUUCAUUAUUAAAUUGUUUGUUUGUGGAAUAAAUAUUGUAAUGGGUUGAAUUAAAAUCUGAAAAAUAAAGAUUGAUUUCAAUACAAUUAAGAGAUAGAUUUGUUUAUAUUUUUUAGGACAAUGAUCUGUUUGGAUUUAUUUAUUGGACUCUUUGAUUAUUAUUAUUAUUAUUACCUAUUAUUCUUUGACCCUGUGUUUGAAAUGUAAAACAUGUUUUGUUUUUAUUUUCAUAAUUUACCUGCAUACCAACAUUUUAUAAAUUGGAUUAUUAUAGAAAAUACGUAUUUUUGUUGUUUGAUUCAAAGCUGAUUUAAGCUACUAUAAACUAUUAAGUUGAAUUUCUUAAAAAGUCAUCUGAAAUUGUUAUGUGAUUGGCAAAAAACACUGUUCCUUUGUAAGUUUUUCGUUAUGUGCGUAAUUAAGCCUCUAUCGCCCUAGAAUACGACAGUUACUGACUUGGUCUGUAAAUAUGCAUGUAGAAAGUUAGUACAGUUUAAGAACUAAUAUGAUUGUAUAUUUUGACAUAUUAUCAACUCAGAUUUCUUUUUUAUUAAACUUAAUUGUCAUGUAUUAGAAUAAUAGGUCUAUUGUUGUACAUUCCGUACAUACAUUUUCUUUUAAAACACUUUUUAAAAUAUCAAUAAUUUAAAGUUAAGACUUAUAGACUUCACUAUUAUGUUAAUUGUGCUUCCCAUAGGAUGAUUUGUUGAUUGAGUUAAUAAGUUUAUCUUUUUUUUGUAAGUAACGCAAAUAUCAACGUUUGUUACGUUCCUGUAUGUAUGUGUGAAAAUGGACAGUAUAAUGUUUAGUUUAUUUUGGGGAAUAGAAUAUUAUGAUACCUACUGUAAAUAUAAUAGUGAUUGAUUUAGAAACGUAAUUAUUAGAUAGUGACGUUAUUAGUUAUUGUUUUGUGUAAUAUAUAAUGAAUAUUAUAUUGAAAGUUUAAUACUG